ACCGUAUCCUAUCCGAAAGUCGAAACGCGAUGCAAAAUCUUCCUAGUGAUUUCAGAAUUCAGAGUUCACUCCACUGAUUACUGUUUAGUACGUAAAAUGGCGUCGAUGUGGUCGGUUGUUUCUUUCGCAGCUUCGCUGCUGUUGACACCUUUCCUUAUGUUUUUACUUGCAAUUAUUUUUCUCGCAUCUAUCGGUAAAUCUCUCGGUGUUCGAAGGUUUUAUAUAAAAUUGCUCCUGACACUUUUCGAGUUUGGAAGACAAAACAUUGAGAAAGUGAAGAAAAGAAAUGGUACUUGGCAUUUUGAAGAAAGUGAAAGUGAAGACGAAGGUGGAGGGACACCUCCUCAAAAACACAGUUCCUGUGAGGGCAAACAAAAGGGAGAAAAAACGCAAAAUGGAGUUGUCGGAAAUUCCGUUAUCGCCAGAUCCAAAGAUCUAAUUUUUGUGCCAGAGCCUGAAGCACACAAUCAGAAGGAACAGCUCGAACAUGAGGAACGUCAAAAAACAGAGGGAAAUCUUUUGAGGCCUGGUGAAAAAGCGGUUUCACUUGCCAGUCCCAAGUCUUUUGAAACAUUGAAAAGAGAAUUUGAACCUGCAAUUUGUAUCGAUUAUAUCAGAGCUGGAGUUGAGGCCAUAAUCGAGGACGAGGUGACUUCCAGAUUCGAAGCCGAAGAACUGAAGAACUGGAAUCUUUUAACGAGGACAAAUAGACAGUACGAAUUUAUCUCUUGGAAACUUACGGUCAUUUGGAUGUUUGGAUUCUUUAUGCGAUAUUGCUUCCUCCUUCCACUGAGGAUAUUCAUUUGCUUCGUUGGAGUAAUGUGGUUGACAGCUUGUACUGCGGUGGUAGGCUACGUUCCAGAGGGAAACUUCAAACGCUGGCUCAUCCAAAAAGUGUCCAUGAUGUGUUUCGCUGUCCUGUCCAGUGCCCUGUCUUCUGUCAUCAACUACCACAACCCUGAGAAUCGACCAGUGAGGGGCAUUUGUGUGGCUAAUCAUACAUCCCCCAUUGACGUACUUGUCCUCAUGCGUGACAAUUGUUAUUCGCUGAUAGGACAAAGUCAUGGCGGUUUCCUGGGUAUUUUGCAACGAGCUCUGGCUAGAGCAUCUCCACAUAUCUGGUUCGAAAGAUCGGAAGUGAAAGACAGAGAAGCUGUGACUAAAAGAUUAAAGAUGCACGUUUCUGACCCCUCAAAUCCUCCAAUACUCAUUUUUCCCGAGGGAACUUGUAUCAACAACACUUCCGUGAUGCAAUUCAAGAAAGGAAGUUUCGAAGUUGGCGGAGUUAUUUAUCCAGUUGCAAUCAAGUAUGAUCCAAGGUUCGGAGAUGCAUUCUGGAACAGUAGUCGAUUCACGAUGAUACAGUAUCUUUACAUGAUGAUGUCCAGUUGGGCAAUAGUUUGCGACGUUUGGUACCUUCCUCCAAUGUACAGGAAAGAAGACGAAAGUGCGAUUGAUUUUGCAAAUCGAGUAAAAUCCGUGAUUGCGAGACAAGGUGGCCUUGUCGAUCUCCAGUGGGACGGUCAGUUGAAAAGGAUGAAGCCAAAGAAAGAAUGGAGGGAAAAGCAGCAAGAAGAAUUUAGUAAACGAUUAAAGGUAGAAUAGACGAUUAAACCAAACCUCUAGUCACAAUCUCAUCACCUCACGAAACUGUAAUCUUCUAUAUGUUUCGUUUGCCUCCGUUUUAGGCAAAUUACUGAUCGUCUUAGGUUUAUUUCUUCACUGGAACGAUAUUUACAUUAUAAUUCUACUUUAAAUAUUUAUUUUUACGAAUUUGUACAGAUUUAUUGCAUCACAUUUGUCUUAAAAUUCAUACCUUUACUCUACACUAAGAUCCCUUAAAAUACUAAAUUUUAAGUUUAAAUCCCCUUUAUAUUUUCAUUACUAACUAGUAUUGGGAAACUGGUUCAGAAGCCUUGUACAUAAAAUACAAACAUCAUUUCUUUACAAUAAGACUUCGUGAAUGCUUCCUAGUACAAACUUUUAAUUAAAUUCUUCAAUAAUAGUUAUUCAAAUUAUCAGAUGUAGUUAAACGCCUGCAAACACUCGUGGCAUUCAAUUUUAUAACUAAUUCUUUAUUCAUAAUAAGUUCAGACAAAGCAUGGGUGAUAUUUUGGUGUGCCUGUGUGUAUAGUUUACGUUUAUCGAAUUAUUAAUUAUAAACUAAUAUCUUAAACGGAUAUUUAAGAAUUUAUCUCUAGCAAUAUGAGUUUUUUAAUUAUUUAAAUCUUGGCCAUUUUUAUGACAGGCUUAUUGGAUUCAGUGCAUAAAAUUUUGUCGAUAUUAUUCACUUUUAGGUGAGCACAUUGUAAAUGCACUUUGUGUAAAGAACACAGGA